CUUUGACGUCCACCGAAGCACUACCACAUACAUAUUUGACACUCUGAGACCUUUUCUCCUUCUUGUAUCCUGUCUUCAGUACCAUCAGUCCUCAUGUUGGUCACUCCCAAUCUCUGUAACAACAUGGCUUCACAGCAGCAGCAGCCUCAACAUGCUUUUGCUGCUGCUCAUGUCGCCGAAAAGGUGAUGCGGAGAGUGGAAAUUGCAAAGGUUGCUCGAAAUUUGCAAGAUUGUCUGGCCUUUGCAAGCUUCAAAGCCCAGAAUGGCUGGCAGGAUCGAACUCUCUCUACCAUCGAGCCCGAAGUCACCGAGAAGCUGAAGAGGAAGAGGCCGUUUCUCGACGAUGACUUGCCCUCUGAUGGAUCCUCCCCCUCGGACGACGACUUUGUUCCCAUGUCCUCUAUCGCCAACAAUCGCUUCUCGAGACCUUCCAAUGGUGUCUUCAAGGUCCCGCAACCUCCCUUUGGAGCAAGAAAGAGAGUGAGGUCGUCGUCGACCACCGGUCUCGAUCGACAAUCGAGCAGCAUGAGCUGGAAGCAAGACCCACGCAUGGCACAGUCUUCACCUGUCCUGGGACGGACUCAGUCUUUCCAGGAUCAGACAAUGUUCCAAAGCGACCCUACCCUGCCACGUACAUCUCACGACGACUCUCCUAUGUUUGAUGUUCAUUCUGACGACGAUGAUCAUGAUCUAAGCAUGCCCUCCUUUGCAAACGAACCUUCGAGCAGCAUUCUCUCUUCGUCCCCUCCCCGAACCCCUCCACCUGCCAAACGUCUACUCAAUGUCAACGCAAAGCAAGCCGGAGCUGACUUGCUGUUGUACUUGGCCAAUUCCCCUUCUCGUUCCCCUGCGAUCAAUAUCCAUCGCGGUUCUACCGCUGGGGAGCCACCUUCCACUCCACCUUCGCAACACUCUCACCUCCCUUCUUCAGUCAUGACGACUCCAGGGAAUCAUUUGGGGCUGUUUAAUGGUGCACUCCAAACUCCCGGUCAAGGCUUCAACCUCGCCGACUUCUGCAAUGUCACUCCUUCACCUGCGCAGGCUCAAUGGGGUGGCCGAACACCAGGCAUAGCAAAGACCCCUAGCCGAUUUGCCCGCAGAGGACUAAACUUUGACGCCCUGGCUGCUUCAGAAAGUCCAUCAAUACAACGCAAGACCCCGACUAGCCAAGGUCUCGCACUCCAGCUCGGCGACGAACUCAUCCCUCGCUCCUGAUAUAUCAUACCAUUACGACAUUGAAAAAAAAGAAACAAGAAACGACACCUGAUAGUGGUGUCAUGAAACAAUCAAACUGUCACGAAUAGCAUACAAAUCUUUUGUCUUUUGCUAACGACACAUACGACGAUUCGGAUUAUGGAGUUCCUUGCUUUUGGGAACUAUGCAAAAGAUUGCCCGAGGAUCAUGCAAAUGGAGGCAGAGUUGGAUUGAAAUUGUCUUUUGCACCCACGCCACGAGGAGGAACAUCAUGGGACAGGAGUCUCAACAGCUGGCCGUCUGCUUUUACGUGUGUCUGGGCUCACCAUGCAUCGCAUCACCGUUAUUAUGUUUGACAUGGCCAAGAGGCCAUGCUAUCCCUCUGCUGCUAAUCACCAUUGCACUGUCAUGUAGGUAGUUGAUGUAGAUAGUCUACAUGCAAUAAGAAUAGGUUGUACAGUAA